AUGUCGGCAUUCCCUAUCAGAUCUCAGCUGGAGUCUUUUCCCUCUCGUGUUGCUGAUCCAUUGAAGAGAAUGCGCUACUGUGAUUCAUCUGCCAGCAGGAGGAAGGGCACCGUCCCGAAACGUCGGCCCCCGCAGCCAGGCCCGAGCACCGCCCCAAAAAGUCGGCCCCCGCAGCCGAGCCCGAGCACCUCUGAGGUACCUGCUGCGUCUCCCAAGAAGAGGAGGUUUCGUCCAGGAACCAAAGCUUUAAAGGAGAUCCGUAAAUACCAGAAAAGCACAGAACUUCUACUCAGGAAGGGACCUUUCGCCCGCCUGGUUCGUGAGGUGUGUCAGAGUAUUACCCAUGAAACUCUCAGGUGGCACAUGUAUGCUCUGAUGGCCCUGCAGGAGGCAUCAGAGGCCUUCCUCAUCAGGUUGUUCGCUGACGCCAACCUGUGCGCCAUCCACGCCAAGCGGGUCACCAUCUUCCCCCGCGACAUCCAGCUGGCCAGGAGGAUCCGAGGAAUCGACAGCUUAUAA